AGCAGAGAGGCUGUGAUCUAACCCGGAACCGGAAGUGUUUGGAGGUGCAUGUGAGUUCUGUUUACAACAUGAGAUAACUUUAACCUGAGAUUUGUGAUGCAAUAUGCAAUUGUUACAUAUAAAGGCCCCCUGGUUUCUGUAUGACUGUUUCUUCCAGUUGUCAUGUCUCUCCCAGCACCUAAACCCAAGCCUCCUGAGCUACCCAGAAAUUUAAAGCGCCGGUUAGACUGUAACCAGGGAGCUGUGCGGGCAGUGAGGUUUAAUGUUGAUGGGAACUACUGUCUUACCUGUGGGAGUGAUAAGUCUCUAAAGCUAUGGAAUCCACACAAAGGGACUAUGCUAAAAACCUACAGCGGGCAUGGAUAUGAUGUACUGGAUGCAGCAGGAUCAUGUGAUAAUAGCCAGCUGUGCUCCUGUAGCUCAGAUAAGACGGUGAUUUUGUGGGAUGUGGCACAGGGUCAAGUAAUUCGGAAAUUCCGGGGACAUGCAGGGAAGGUGAACUGUGUACAAUUUAAUGAGGAAUCAACAGUCAUUAUCUCAGGCUCUAUAGACUCCUCUAUCAGGUGUUGGGACUGUCGCUCUCGCAGGCCGGAUGCCAUACAGGUUUUGGAUGAAGCCAAAGAUGGGAUUUCUAGCAUCAAAGUAUCAGACCAUGAGAUCCUGGCAGGGUCCGUAGAUGGUCAACUACGUCGUUAUGACCUCCGGAAGGGAGAGAUGCACGCAGAUUAUAUUGGCAGCCCCAUUACAUGUGUGAGCUUCAGUCAGGAUUCUCAGUGUCUUCUGGCCUCUUCACUGGAUUCAGCUUUGCGCCUUCUUGAUAAAGACACGGGAGAACUACUGGGAGAAUAUACAGGACAUCAGAACAAGAGCUAUAAGCUGGACAGCUGCCUGAGUGAGAAGGACACCCAUGUGCUAAGCUGCUCUGAGGAUGGAACAGUUUGUUUCUGGGACUUGGUGGAGGGUUCCUUAGUUCUCAAGCUGCCAGUUAGUAAAGGGGCUGUCCAGUCUCUCUCAUUUCACCCUACAGAGCCCAUGUUGCUAACUGCAAGCGAGGGUGGCAUUCAAGUUUGGAGUGGAUCCUCACAGGAGGAAGAUUGUUGAGUGGAGAGAAUUCCCCAUUAAAUAAUUGUUGUGCAUUACAACUGUAAUAAUUAGUUGCAAUAGACUCUUAUUAUUUGUUCUGCUUCCUUUUUAAAUGACCAUACACUUUACUGUAUUACAUCCUUGGCUUCUAAAGUUACCAUUUUGUUCAGAAAAUGUUCUCUCCCCUUUGUAAUAUUAUUUGGAAGAUAUCUCAUGAUUUCACUUAUCCUGGAGCAAUAUUAUUUUAUUAUUUACAUGCAAAUGAACAAGGCAUUAUAUGUGUAUAUAACAAUUCCUCCUAAUUUGUCAUACAAAUAUGUCUACAACUCUAACACAUAACUAUUUAGAAAAAAUAAAGUUUUAUAAAAUCA